UUGAAGUGGUUUUAGUAAAGUGCCUUGAAAGACUCUUCUGUAAAGUUGACUUAUUGUGGUGUGAUUGAGCCUCCCUUUCUUAAAAAAAAAUCCAGUUCUUUAACCGUUGCAACAUUCACCUAUCACCUUAUCUGAGAAUCGUGGAAAAUGUCACGUGUACCAUACAAAAGCACAUUGAACACAAAUUUGGGAUCACCGACACGAGAAAAGCAAACAGUAGGAAGCAAGAAACCAUUCUCACGGCCUUUUAACAAAAGUCGUAUUGAGAAUAGCACGUCUACACCAAGGAUGUCGAGUCCGACAUCUGCAGAAACAUCAACGCUUCUUCGGCAAAAUCAAGAACUGCGUCAACGUCUUCAGGACGAAGCUGGCAGUUACCGGCGCCGAAUCGAUGCCUACAAACAAGCGCAGCAGAACCAAGCUGCUCUCGUCAGUCGUUUACAGGCGAAAGUUCUGCAAUAUAAGCAGCGAUGCAAUGAUUUGGAGGGAAAAAUUCACGAUAUAAAACCCAUUUCAACAUGCUCUCCGAAAAAAUCAUCAAUGGGACCGUGUCCAUCAUCUGGAAUGCCAUUACCACCUCCACCAACUCACCACACCCAUCAGCCCACAAGUUUACCUUGCAGCUCUCCACCUUUAGACACACCCCCACCUUGUCGAGAUUACGUUCACCAUGAUCAUGAUGAUAUUUGCCGGAAUUUAGACGAGGAAAAGCACAGAUGCGAACAAUUGAUUGCUCAGAACAACACACUCCGUCAACAAUUGAUUGAAUCAAAUCGAACAAACGAGGCUUUGACGAAUGACUUACAGAAGCUAACAAAUGACUUUGCGAAUCUUCGGGAUGAGCUCCUCCUCAAAGAAGAUGAAUUCAAGGAAGAAGAACAGGCAUUCAAUGACUACUACAACAAUGAGCACCACCGUCUUCUGAAAAUGUGGCGAGAAGUCGUUGCCAUGAAACGCUCAUUCAAGGAUAUGCAAACUGCCAUGAAAUCUGAGCUGAGUCAAAUGCGAGUUGAUGUAACAGGUGCCAACCGUGAAAUUUCCGGAGCUUGCAGCAAUGUCCUGUUCAACUUCAAACAGUCCAGCCGAGCAGGAGAAGCUCAACUACAGCAAACCGAGCGAGAGUCCGUGGACCUGAAGAAUACAAUUCAAUCCCUGAAAUCAGACUACGACAAAGCUCGUCACGAAAUCAACCAAAAGGACGCUCGGCUCCAGGAUCUACUCCAACAAGUGAAGGCACUUGAAGAACGUUGUGCUGCCGCAGAGAGCCAAGCCGCCUUAGCGAAUCGAUUAAACGAUGAGAUUGAGCGUUUGAAUACUGCCCUCCGUGAUAUCGCUCAUGCUGUCGUACAAGAUGCCGAAACUAGUCCCGAUGGAGAAGAGCACAUUGCGCCACCAUCCAUUCAUCAUAUGCAUUUGUCCCAAGGUGGAAGUAUUCCAGCUUCCCAUUCACUGCCACCGAGAUCACCUCGACGAAGUUCGGCUCGAACUUCACAAGCGUUUGCUGAAGGGACCAUAUCAGCUGUACAGGCGGCUUUGCAUAAGUAUCAACUAUGCCUGCAUGACUUCCAAGUGAAAAUACAAUCAAACAACGAUGUCCUUCAGGCGACGAAAAAGCAACUGGAGCAAGCCGAACAGGCUAAGGAGCUGCUAACCAAUAAGGUCACACAGCUUACAGAUAAGUUGGAAGCUACAAAUUGUCAGCUCAGUGAGCUGUUCAAGGAGCGCGAAAGUCUGCAGAAAAGUUUGGACUCGAUUCGAAAUGAUAAACAGAAUGUGGAGAGAAGUCGUGCAGAACUGAAUAGUGUGGUUGACAAUCUCAGUGCUGAUUAUGAAAAACUACAAACAAACAAUGGCAAACUGCAAAAAUAUAUUGAUACCCUGGAAGAAGAUAAAAAAGCAUUAGAACUGGAAAUGCAAAGGAUUCUUAAGGACAAGGACAUUACCGAAAUGAAUUUGAGAGCCGAAGAAGAAAGGGGAAGCCGACUAAGGGAAGAAACUAUCACUUUGAGGGAGGAGCUAAAUAAAUUGUAUCUUUCGCGGGAUUUACUUGAACAACAACGGAUGGAAUCCGAUAAUUUAAUAUCCAUACUAGAAAAACAGAAGACCGAUCUCCAGUUCGAUUUAGAAAAAGUUCUGAUGGAAAAGUCAAACCUGCAAAAUCGAAUAGAGCGUGUUAGCUCUACUUGUGAUACCACCUCUGACGAGUUAAAAGCCUUAAAGGAAGGCCUCAUGGAAUGCGAAAACGAGCGCAAUAAACUUCGAGUCCAAACAAAUGACCAAGCGGCUGAUAUUGCCUCUUUGAAAAAGGAGCUGAUAUCUGCCGAGCAAGUUAGGCUGGAGCUUGAAUCAGAACGUGUAAGCCUCACUGAGAAACAAAAAUGCAUAGAAUGUGAAAAAGAAAAGAUUGAACAGGAGCUGGCCCAUGUUACUCGCGAUAGAGCCGAUAUACACAACCAGUUAACUGCUGUGAGUAGAAAGAAAGAAGCACUCAAUGAAGAACUGUUGAGAACCCGGCAGAAAUUGGAGCAAGCUAACGAAACAAACAAUCGUUUGAACCGAAGCAUGGAAGACCUAGUUAAGGACAAUGAGGAGCGUCAGGUUAUAAUUGAAGGCCAUUUGAAGGAAAUCCAAAGAUUGCAGGAAAUCAUUGCUUCCUUACGGAGUGAAAAAGAGAGUCUCGAAGGAGUUCUUUUCGAUACAAACACAACACUUGAAGGUACUGAAGAAAGGAGGGCUCAGCUAGAACGUGACUUCCAAGACUUACGUGUAAAGGAAGAAGGCCUUAAAAAUCAGGUCAAUCGCCUCAACAAAGAACUGGAUGCAUUAAAUCGGCGAUCACAAGAGAUGAAAACCCAAUUGGUUAACGCUGCUCGAGCACAGGAGGAAGAGUUCCAGCAGAAAAUGGCACAGAUCCAGGGAGCCAAUGAGGACAAUGUACGCAAGCUUAACGACGAGAAAGAAAACUUACGAGCCGGCUUAGAAAAACGAAUGCAACAAGCAUUGCAAGCAUUGCAAACUAAUAAGGACGAAGAAAUUGAAAAACUCCAGGAACGUAUUGAGGCACUUGAAAAUCAUUUGGAGAAUAUUUGUCAGCAACACAAAGAAAACAUGAUUCGUGCUGAGAGCGAGAAGCAGCAGGCUCUACUCAUGGCUCAUCAGGAUAAACAGGCUGUUGCGGAGAGGCUGGAUGGCGUUAGCAGAGAAUUGAAGGCAGAAGCUGAAGGCAGUGAACGGCUUCGUCGUGAAGGCGAGGCCAGAGCUGAAAAGGAUCGAAAUUUGAUUUGUCACCUCAAAGACGAUUUAGCGAAGCUAAGAAUGAAGAGCGAAGAAAUAAAAACGCAUCUUGAAGAAGAAGUCAGUAAGCUGAAUAUCCAGAUUAAUUCUCUAGAAGAAGAAAGGGACAAUGCUUGUCGAAUGAUAGAAGAGUUAAAAAUGGAGAUUCGGCUGAAAGAAGACCGAGCGGAAAGCCUUAACAACCAAUUGCAGGAUACUUUAAGAAAGCUUAAAGAAAGUGAAAAUGCAAGUGACGCUGUCCGUAAAGAACUAACAGACACCCGUCGAGUGCUCGGCGACAGCAACAUCGAACGCGACAAGUAUGCCAAUAGCAACAAAGAACUUCGGGACCACAUUAAACGUGUAGAAGCAUCUAAACGCGAACAGGGUCGUGGAAUGGAGGAAGCCUUGCAGAAAAUAUCAAGUCUUGAAGAGACCCGAAAUUGCCUUGAAAAUGAGAAAACACGCCUCGAAACACUUUUGAAAGAAACUGAAAAUAAUUUGGCCAAGGCAACACAUGACCUUAAUACCACGCGAAAUUGUUUGCAUAAAUCACAGCUGGAUUCUACACAAAAAGAUGCAUGCGAAAAGGAGUUGCAGGCAAGGCUCAAUAAUGAAAUGGAGGAAAGGGAGAGGGUACAGCAGGAGCUGUGUCAAACGAAAAAACAGCUUGCAGAGCUCGAAACAAGUUUAUGUAACACAAGACAAGAGAUGGGUCGUCUUCGCUGUCACCUUAACCAAGAGGAACAUCGCUGGCAUGAUCGUGAACAAGAGCUCUUGGCCCGACUUGAAGAUAGUCGUGGUCGUGAAAAACGUCUUGAGGAUCAAAAACACAACUUGGAAGUAUGCCUAGCUGAUGCAACCCAACAAAUCCAAGAGCUCAAAGCACGUCUCGGCGGUGCCGAAGGACGGGUUCGGGCGCUCGAUGAACAACUCAUGAACACUGAAGCGUUGAAAAAGGAAUCUGAAAACAAACUAAGCUCCAUUGCUCAUACUUUGCGUCGAAUAGCUGGUAUCCAAUUCGAUGGUUCUGUAAACCUUCCAUACCGUCUAAUGAGUCCAUCGCGGCGAUAUAGCCCAGUGCGUAGUGGCUGUGGACAUGACUACGAUAACCGCAGUAUGAGUGGUGGUGGUGAUGGUCCAGUUGAUGUCGAUCCGGAGUUGGUACGAAAAGGUAUUCGUACUCUAAUGCAUCAAGUCGCUCAGAUCGAACGGGAGAAGGACGAUUAUAAAGUUCAACUGGCAACUGCUAAGAAGCAGAUACACGACGCUUGCGAUUUGCAAGAAAGAAGCGAUGGUAAGAUUGCAAAACUGCAAAAUCUUCUACGAGGUUGCCAGGAGGAGAAAAGUACUGUGGAAUCACAACUGGAUUCGAAGAUUUCAUCCUUGCACGCUUUAGAAGAAGCAUUGAAACAGAAGACGAAUGAAGUAAUAGCACUGCGGGAUAGAGUGGCAAAUCUGGAAAUGCAACUGGGAACAGGCGUUGAAGAGAAAGGUCAAUGCGAGGAUCGCUUGGAAAAGACGCGACAGCAUGCAAGCCGUUUGGAGUCCGAAAAACGACAACUACAGGAAGAACUUUCUCGUACCGAAAGUAGACUAUCCAAACUCGAUCUUCAAAAGGUUGCACUUGAAGGUGAUAUAACUCGUCUGCAGAUGGCUUUAACUGAGAAGGAGAGCACAGUCCGAGCACUACAAGAACGUCUUGAAAACCAGGGACGCAGCUCAACACAACUCGAAGAUCGUUGCAUGUCCUUAAAGACGACAAUCGACCAAUUGAAGGAACGCUUGCAAAAGGCUGCGGUACUUGAAACGGAGCUAAGAGGUGAGGUGAAUGCACUUCAUAAGGAGCGAACCGAACAAGGACACUGUGUGCAGGCCAGUCAAGAUAAACUUAAACAAAUUCAAAAGGCUCUGUCCAGUUGCGAAAAUGAAAAACGGAUUCUUGCUGAACGGCUCGAUGCGGCUCAGAAUAAUAUUAAUGAAUUGCGACGCGGCCAACAGGCCCAACAAGAUUUGGCCCAACGUCUUCAAGAGCAGGUUGCUGAUUUGGAAGUGCAGAAAUCCAAUGUAGAAUCGCAACUACGCAUUGCUAAAUGGAACCAAGAAAACUCAGAUCAGAUGAACCUGGGCGGGGGCGACGGUGGUGAUGGUGACAUGACGCGGCAACUAUUAAACGCGCAACGUGAGAAGACAGAGCUCAAAGGAAAGCUGGAAGCACUCAAAGAAAAAGUGAAGCUCCUAGAAAAUGAACGUCAUGGAAGCAAAUUUUCAGGACAUGCGGCAUUUGAUCGCUCGGAGAAAAGUUUGUAUGGUGGGGACGGCGGUGAGUUAGAUUCGAACCGGAUGGAAACGGAUGGUUACCUAUCGCGUCACGGGCGUGGGAAACCUUUCAACUGUGGUCUUGACCAUACCAUGAUCGAACAUGAAAACCGCGACUUACGGCUGAAAGUUCGUCGUUUGGAAACCCUUUUGGCUGAAAAGGAGACCGAACUGGCGCGGGCAAAGGCUCGAUUAGUUGAAAGUCAGAAAUGUCUUCCAGGCGAUUCAGAACGAUAUCGCAGUGCCCAGUUGCAGGCCGAGAAGUUGUUGGAUGCACGUGAACAGGCUCAUCGACAACAGGUGACGCGGCUUGAAAAUCAGAUCUCGAUGUUGCGCGAACAAUUGGCUUUGGAAAGUAAACGAAGACAACAGUACAUCCUUCGAAGCUCGAGAGCUAACCGAGAAAUGCAGCAACUUCGCAAUACAUUGGGGGAUUCACUGCGCCACGUGUCGCAGGAUCCGUUUGAUACUAAUUUGUUGGAGAAUGAAACAAGACGACUUGAUACUGCAGUUUCACUUAGUCUACCUCCAUCCACAUGCCACGACUAUGAUCGAAGUAUGAGCCCGCCAUGUAGUCGCAAGUAAAGCGGUUGAAAUCGGUCCACGGGAGCAUUUGAAAUUAUCGAAAUUUUUAACGACUGCACGGGGGUGGCACGAGAUUGUUUCCUGAUAAGAAAUUAAUAAAAAAAAGCUCAAGGCAUCGUAUAGGCAAACCGUGCUUCACUCUGUUGUCUUCCCGUCCAUCCAAUGCAGUCUCAAAGUUUGGUACAAAAUUAUCUUUUGCUAUUUAUUUCUAUUCGUAAAAUAAGCAUAAACUAUGAAUAUAUGUGUACGUCGAAAACCUAGAAAUGAGUCGUAGUUGAAAAGGUAAUGGAAAAAGAAAGAAGAAAUCAAAAGUAGGAAAUGCUUUGAAAGUUAUCACUGCCAUUUACAAUUAGUGUUAGAUUUACUCGACUAUUUUCGAGAGUCUUUUCUCCUUUUGCACGUCGGAAAGUUCUCCGAAAUUUUAUCGAAGACGUUUACCUUUUUAUGGGUCACGUUUUCAAAGUAUAUAGCCCUAAGCAGGCAAAUAGUAAAGUGAAAAUGAAAUAAAAUGAAAUUCUAGUCAUCGGGAGUUAACCUAAUUCUAGCAUACGCUAACUGAUUUAAACAUUAUUUAUUCCGUUUAUUCCGUUUAUACCGCAGAUUUUUAAUAGUUUAUAAUUAUAUAAAUAUUAGCCCAACCUUCCACAUUCCAAAAGUAUUCAAAAACCAGUAGACCUGUAUUUGAUCAACUACUUUUAAUCUUUUUAUCAACAGAAAAGAGAAAGGCAACAUUGUCCUUUCUAUUUUCCUUUUUAGAGGCGUUUUAAUUUGCAUCUAUCUAAUAUUGGAGAACCAAGUUUUUUGUAGGAUCUGUAAAGUAGCACAUGAAGGAUAUGAUGCGAAUAAAGGAAAAGUUAC